AUGGAGAACAAAAUGGAGAAUGAAGAAAAAGAUGUAAGGACAGAAAAAUCAGACGAGUUGGAAGAAAAUAUCAAGCAUGUAAAGAACCAGCGUAACUCAGAGGAGAGAGGCGAGAAGGAGAAGAGGAGAGAAAGGGAGGGCCAGAUGAAGGAGAGCAGAGGUGACGCCAAGAGAGAAACGGCUCGUUUGGGAUCUGGGCUGCGUGUCGGCGGUUGGGCUCUGAGCGAACGCGUGGCCCUUAACGUGUCGGGUAUGCACUACGAGACCCAGGUCCGAACGCUCGCACGGUUCCCCGACACACUGCUGGGAGACCCACAGCGACGCCUCAGGUACUUUGACCCGUUACGCAACGAGAUCUUCCUGGACCGGAACCGGGCAUGUUUCGACGCCAUCCUGUACUUCUACCAAUCAGGUGGGCGCCUGCGGAGACCGGCAAACAUUCCUCUGGAUAUAUUCAUGGAAGAGCUGGAGUUCUAUCAGCUGGGUGAAGACGUAAUGGCACGUUUCAAAGACGACGAGGGGUUUCCGAAGGAGGAGACACAAAUACUCCCUGAAAACAAAAUCCAGCGGAAACUGUGGAUGCUCUUUGAGCACCCAGAAUCCUCUGGGGGCGCUCGCAUCAUUGCCAUCAUCAGCGUCGUGGUGAUUGUGGUGUCAAUCGUCGUCUUCUGCCUGGAAACACUGCCAGAGUUCAAGACUGAGAAAGAGGACAACAGGCCUCACAGCCAUGCAGAGAACAGCACCAUCACUCUCUCCCCCUCUCAAGCUCCUCUCAGUGAUCCUUUCUUCCUGGUGGAGACCUUGUGUAUAUGCUGGUUCUCCUUUGAGCUGCUGAUGCGUUUUCUGAGCUCCCCGAGCAAGCUUCAUUUCUUCAGGGACGUGAUGAACGUCAUCGAUUUUUUCGCUAUCCUGCCGUACUUCGUCACACUGGGCACCGAGCUGGUCAAGUCCAAAGGCGCCACACCGACCAUGUCUCUGGCCAUCAUCCGUGUCAUCCGCCUGGUGAGAGUUUUCCGGAUAUUCAAGCUCUCUCGUCACUCCAAAGGGCUGCAGAUUCUGGGCCAAACCCUCAAAGCCAGCAUGAGGGAGCUGGGCCUCCUCAUAUUCUUCCUCUUCAUUGGAGUCAUCCUCUUCUCCAGCGCCAUCUACUUCGCGGAGGCCGACCACGAGAACACGUCCUUCAUCAGCAUUCCCCACGCCUUCUGGUGGGCCCUGGUCACCAUGACGACGGUGGGGUACGGCGACAUGUUCCCAGAAACCAUCUGGGGUAAGCUGGUGGGGUCCAUGUGCGCCAUAGCGGGAGUGCUGACCAUUUCCCUGCCUGUCCCCGUCAUCGUGUCCAACUUCAGCUACUUCUACCACCGCGAGACCGAGUGUGAGGACGAGAAGGAGUACACACACGUGAAAACGUUAGUAUGGGAGGACAGUCAUGGGGUGGACAGGGGAGAGGGUGACGAGGACGAUGAUGACACACUGGGUGAGGGCAGUUACGUUCCUCUGGAUGGAAACUGUUCCCCUUUAAAUGGAAAACUAUUGGGGGUUCUGUGUGUCGGGCAGGGCGGGGGAAGGAAGAGUGGGACACUAUAUCUGAGAGAGCCGCUCGUCACACAAGUCUGA